ACUUGUAAAAAUCAAACGGUUAAAAGAUGGCAAAUCAAGGUCUCUAGCACAUGGAAGUGACGAUUUUACGUCAUUGUACUGAUAUUUUUCGUUUAACUAAAAAACAAAAUUUUGCAAACAAGGCCACAUUUAAGAUUAUUAUUUUUUUGUGUUUAUUUAUAACGACUACUUAAUAACCACUUUGAAAAUAUAGCAUUCUUACAUCGAUUUUAAGCCGCCGCCGAUAUUUUUAGUGUCAGCCGCGGCCCUUAAUAUUUGUCGGCGCAGGGCUCUGAGGCCCAAUGUGGUUUCAGAUUUUUUAAGAAAAAUUUAUAUUUAUAAUAAAAAUCAAACAAAAAAUGGGUGAUACUAAAUUAUUAGAUACAAAUCAAAUAGUUAAUGGAUUAGCUGUUCUAUUAUCAUUUUUUGUGGGUUAUAAAUAUGCCCUUAAAAGGCAUGAUAUUAAAGAGAAUGAAGCCGGUAAAAAAUUAGAAGAACAGGGAGCAGCAGGAUCCAGUGAAACAAAGGAUGAACCGCUUUAUACAAGUUUUAGUUUCAACUAUAAAAUGGUACUUGUGGUACGUAAUGAUCUUAAGAUGGGAAAGGGUAAAGUUGCUGCCCAAUGUGGUCAUGGUGCUGUAGGUGCCUAUCAAAAGGCUGUACGUAAAAUGCCCAGUGUUGUAAGGGCUUGGGAGAAUUCAGGCUGUGCUAAAAUUGCUUUAAGAGUGGAGAGUGAAGCUGAAAUGAUGGCUAUAAAAAGAGCAGCUGAAGCUAGAAACCUAAAUACCUGUUUGAUUCGUGAUGCCGGUCGCACACAGAUUGAACCUAAUUCCAAGACUGUUUUGGCCAUUGGCCCAGCUGCUGUUGAAGCUAUCGAUCAAGUAACCGGACAUCUUAAACUUUUGUAAAAAAAAAUUGCAUACCUAUUUUACGAUAAUUUUCGUAUUCUAUUUUAAGUUUAGAAUUAGAGAAGUAGAUUUUUUUAUUUAAGAUUUUUCUAAAAGUUUUCAAUGCAAUUAAAAACAGAAAGUUGAUUUAAAAGUAUCAAAUAUCUUGGAGUAAACUUUAUUCGAAAAUUUUCAAUAGAAAUGUGAUAUUUAUUGAA